CAUCAAUGCUCCAGAACUGCAUUCCCGUUAAUACAUAACUGAUAAGAUGUGCUCACAAGACGGAGUCCAACUCGGCUAGAUCAAGGGUCUGCUGAAGACUACCUUUCCAUAUUCACAACUGGCCAUGAACAACAUCCACAACAGCAUACAUCGUCCCCACCUUGGUACGGUCAUCAACUCACAAACAGCCUGUCUGGGAGCGGGACUCCUACGUGAUAGCCCUCAAAUUACUCUUCAAAACAACUCCGCAAAACCAUAACCCAGCUGAACACCUUGCUGGAGGGCAGCUUACAUCGGCACAUUCAGGUCAUGACCAACCCAUACUCGUCGGGCUCACCGGGCAUCCCAGAUUCGAGCAUGCCGACUGGAGCUUCCGGACUCAUGCCACGAAGGUCUUCGUAUGCGUCAGUCGUUUCCGGCACCGCCUCAGCAAUAUCACAUCAGUAUCAGCAACCAACGAGAUCCGGUGCCUUCUCGCAUCUACUCAACCAACCACCCGAUUUCACCUAUGAUCCGAGCUUCCACAACACAACCGGGCAUUCACGGUACGAUUCGCGAGGAUAUGAGAUGGAUUCAAACACAAAUGGAGUAGCCCACGGGCGGUCGGGAUCCUGGGGUCGAGCGGGACAGUUGCCAGCCCAUUCCAGUGCAUUUGGGUCGCUCGCAAAUGGGUAUGGAUACGGUGGCUCUGGAGGUGGACCUACGGAUUACUUUUUCGUACCAUCGUAUCUGAAGGGGUCUAAAUACGUCCAGAAGCUGGAAGAAGCACACAAGGCGAAGGCUUUGGCAUCUAGAGAUGGAUCUUCGGCCCAAUCCUCCCAAACAGGCUCUCUCUCGACAAGCACAAGCAGUAUAAAUCUACAUGCGAAAGUGCCAGCCUCGCAUCGAGGCAUGACCUACGAUCUCAUAGAGAAAGCCCCGCCUGCGGAAGAUGAUGCAGUGGCUCCCUUACCUUCUAAAUGGAAUAGCCAUGACAAACAUGGAGGACUGGAAGUUUUGGCAGAUGGGCAGGAGGUGAAGUUUACAGGAUCGAAGUCUGUUGCGGAUCGAGACCAUGAAGCAUGUUCUAUCAGGGCAGACCACCCCAUGCCUCCACAGUGCGGGAUAUAUUAUUUCGAAGUCACAAUUAUAUCACGAAAAAGAGAAGAGAGCUCUAUCGGCAUUGGCUUCUCCGGUAAAAAUGUAGUAUUAACAAGAUUGCCUGGCUGGGAGCCUGACUCUUGGGCAUACCAUGGAGACGAUGGGAAUUCAUUCUGUUGUCAGAGCUCGGGGAAAAGCUACGGGCCUCGUUUUACCGCGGGGGAUAUUAUAGGAUGCGGGGUGAAUUUCAGAACCGGAUCUGCCUUCUUCACUAAAAAUGGAGUUCACCUAGGAACUGCAUUUCGCGAAAUUAAGGGAAAGCUCUUUCCCUCGGUGGGAAUGAAAAAACAAGGCGAGCAUAUUAAAGUAAACUUUGGACAAAGUCCAUUUGUUUUUGAUAUAGAUGGCAUGAUGGCGAACGAGAAGAUGCAAAUACAGCAACGCAUUGAGGCUACGAGUGCCGCGAAACUAGCACCGCCCUUAAACGAGACGGAGUUGAUACAGUCACUGGUUCUCCAAUUUCUCUCACAUGACGGUUAUAUCGAGACCGCGAGAGCAUUUGCAGAGGAAAUCCGUUCGGAAAAGAAAGCCUUGAGCAUGGAUCCAAACGCUGUCGUAAAUGGAUUCGAUGUUAGAGAAGACGAGGAUGCUGGUCAUCGCCAACGAAUUCGUACGGCGAUACUGGACGGUGAUAUUGAGAAAGCCCUCGAAUACACGAACACUUACUAUCCCAAUGUCUUGAAAGACAAUGAGCAUGUUUACUUCCGGUUAAGAGUCCGGCGAUUUAUCGAGAUGAUUCGUCAAGGGGCUGAAAUGCAGAACCCCAGCACAACGAACGGCAGCAAGAAAAGUAAUGGACGUGGCGGAGACUGGUAUGACGACGGGGUCAACCAGGAAAUGGAACUGGACGAUCAUCAGAGCCAGAGUAAUAAUUGGGAUAAGAUGGACACCGAAGAAUCCCCGGCGAACCAAAUGGAGUAUCAGAAGCUAUUGCAAGAGACAAUCAACUACGGACGGGAUCUUCAAGCCGAAUUCGCAGACGAUCCACGCCGCGAAGUCAGCAAGGCCCUCUCGGAUGCGUUUUCUCUGAUGGCAUACCAAGACCCACUGAAUGCGAAGGAGGUCUCUCAUCUCCUCGAUCCGCGCUGA